AUGCAAAAAUAUAUUCCAGACCAACCUCGAGAAACUCUGUCAGAUGGUAGACAUGAGUUUGAAUUUUGCUUCGAACUUCCCUUUCAAUGCAUUGCUACUUCAUUUGAAGGAAAGCAUGGUAAUAUUCGUUACUGGUUAAAAGGGGAACUUGAGAAACCUUGGGCUUUUAAUCACAAGACAAAAAAGGCAUUUACAGUCAUCAGCCCAAUUGAUAUCAACAAACAAGAAUAUCAGCUUCCAGUUGAAAACAGUGUGGAGAAGUCUCUGUGCUGCUGGCUAUGUAUAUCUGGCCCUAUCUCAGUAUGUGCCAGAACAGACAGGAGAGGAUACUGCCCAGGGGAAUCAAUUGCUAUAUCUGCCGAUUUUGAGAACCAUUCCUCAAGAACUAUCAUCCCAUAUGCCACUCUUCACCAGACACAAACUUUCUUUGCUAAUGGAAAGUCGCGAUUGAGGAGCACCAAGUUUACCGUAUUGACAGGCUUGCCAAUCACCCCUGGUAAUAGGGCUACUUGGGAUGCUCAGCUGCUCAAGAUCCCUGCAGUGUCUCCAUCUAUUAUCAACUGUGGAAUUAUUAAAGUGGAGUACUAUGUAAAGGUAGCUCUCCACAUUCCAGGGGCUUACAACUUGUCAGUCCAUUUGCCAAUAGUGAUUGGAACUGUUCCUUACAGAAGGUUUUCGCCAUACAUGGUUUCCUAUCCUAGAGUCAUUGAGGAAGUGGGGGUUUCAUAUUUUGAUAGCAGAAUGUUACCAGUCCCACCCCCUUACAGAGAGAUGUCUCCACCUCUUCCUGCAAUUGAAGCUCCACCUACAUAUGCCGAGACAUACAGCGGUGCAGUGGACAUCAGAGAUGAAGAUGACGAUGACAAUAGAGGGGUCAACAUGGGGGACUGGACAUACACACCUAUGUAUACAUAUGUCUAUGGGUACAGAUACAGACCACCACCAGCCUACUCUGAGAUUGACCCCAAUCCUGUCACAGAGGACCAAGCAUCCAAUGUUGCUGAACAAAGCAGCAACACCAGAUUGUGAGAAUGAAAACUUGAAUCAGCACAUCACAAUGAUUAACCCUGGAUGGGGUUUUAUGAAAUGGAUCAAAAUUACCAAUGAAAGACAACUAUGGGUAAUUGUUGUCCUUUUGAAGAGAUUCCAUUAAAUACACUUCUUACCACAGCAUUUUAGAAUGCAUUGAGACUUAUUUUGGAAAACUGAUCAGAGAUUUGAAGCAAAUCUGUUACAACAUGACAUGAUAGGUGCUCAGUACUUUUUAUUGGAUAUUAUAAGCAUUAUAAGUAAUAUUUAACUCUGUUGUCAUAAUGAAUAUUUGAUUGUAUUAAAAAUGUAAGUAUUAAAUUAUUGCCAACAUAAAAGUAUGGCUGUUAGGAUAAUGUUAUAUAAAAGAAAUCGUUGACAGAAGAUUUAAGGUUUAACUGAUGACAUAACAUAAGAAAUUUAUGACCUGAUCAUUACUACACAAUAAACAUGGUUAAAUACAACACAGACCAAUAAAGGAUAAACCUUUUUGCUAUUAACCUAAAUACUACUGCUCACGAUUUCCAUUUUUCUUCAAGCAUGUAUCUCCCUUGCAUAGAAUGUCCUGACAUGUAGUAGAGUAAAAUACACUUGAUUCAAUGUUGUGUGAUUUCACAGCAAACUAUUUACCAAUUUGUUGAUGAAGA